GCUACUUGAAUUACUUGAGGCGUGCAACAACCUCACUCCUCUACAAAGCGGAAGGCGAAAAGCCUAGCAAAAAGUUACCAGGCCAUGUUGCAGAGGGAUACAGAUCUCACGAUCAGAUCCCACUCUUUUUUACAAAAGUAGAAAAAGAGGCCCAA